AUGCGUUUCUCAACAGUCCUCUCAGCUCUUCUGCUGUCCAGCACCGCGCUCGCAACUCCAGCGCAGGUAUCCUCACCAGUCGGUGCUUCAACACAGGGGGCUGUAGCAGAGGAACAGUCGGUAGCGCAGACAACGCACGUGGCAGAGGCCACUCCGGUUGCGCAACAAAGCGCAAGCACCAACCAGCAGAAUGCCAACGCUGCCAACCAGGAGCAGAGCGCCAACGUCAACACCCAAGCAGCAGCAGCACCCGCAACCAGUGCCAGCCCGGCUGCCAGUCAGAAGGAUGGCAACCCGCUGAAUAUCCUAACCAACCUGGUUCCAACGAACACUGCUGGUGAGCAAACCCAAAGUGUCUCAACGGCCACUCCAACUUCUGCCUCUGCGGAGAGCUCCUCUAACUCUGAGACCGCCACACAUGCAGCUGCGACAACCGCUGCCGCUAGUACCGGUUCAGGCUCAUCGUCUGGAGGUGCGUCGGACGGGUUUUCCGGAAACAUCCUCGGAGAUCUGCAGAAUAUGUUCCAAGGCAUUUCGGGGCUCCUGUCUCCCACCUUGCUGAAGGAUAUCGAAUCCUUCUUCCAUCACUUCGCAUACCUGUUCGAUGACAAGACCACCGACCAGACCAAGUCUUUGAUCGAUACCGGAUACAACCUCCUCACUCCUGAGCUGACCAAGGAAGUGCUGGGUCUCUUGAGUAACGCCAAUGCCUUGCUCACGCCCAGCUUCGUAAAUGAGACUCAGGAACUGAUCGGCGCCGUCGGUCCACUACUCACACCUCAACUGUUCAAGCAGAUUUCGACCCUGCUGAACAAUGGCAACAACCUGCUGACCGCUGACUUCGUCAAGGAAGUCAACGGUUUGAUUGGUAACGCCAACACGUUGUUGACACCCGAUUUCGUCAAGGAGACUCGCGCUCUUAUUGAGGCUGUUGGUCCUCUGUUGACACCUGAACUAUUCAAGCAGAUCUCAUCUCUGCUGAACAACGGCAACAGCCUGCUGACUGCAGACUUUGUCAAGGAGGUCAAUGGUCUGAUUGGCAACGCCAACACUUUGUUGACAGCCGAUUUCGUCAAGGAGACUCGCGGCCUCAUUGAAGCUGUUGCUCCCGUUUUGACACCCGAACUGUUCAAGCAGAUUGGCACUCUCCUAAUCAACGCCAACUCUCUGCUGACUUCAGACUUUGUCAAGGAGGUCAAGCAGCUCAUCAGCGCUGUCGGUCCUCUCCUGUCGCCCGAUCUAUUCAAGGAGAUCAGCGGUCUGCUGAACAACGCCAACGACCUGUUGACUCCGGACUUCGUCAAGGAAACCAGAAGCCUGAUUGGCGGUAUUGCUCCUGUACUGACACCCGGCGUGCUCGCCGAGGUUGGCGCCUUGUUGACCAACGCCAACGAUCUCCUCACGCCAACCUUCGUCAACGAAACCCAGGGCCUGAUUGGUGCUGUGGCGCCUAACAUCACUCCUCAGCUCUUCAAGGAGAUCGGCAGCUUGCUGAAUAACGCCAACUCUUUGUUGUCCACGGACGGCUUGCACGAGAUCCAGGGCCUGCUGAGCAACGCCAACGAUCUGCUGACACCCGACUUCGUCAAGGAGACAAAGAACCUGAUCGGCGAUGUCUCGCCUGUCAUCACGCCCGAGCUUCUUGGACAAGUCGGAGGCCUCCUGAACAAUGCCAACAACCUGCUCACACCCAAGUUUGUCAACGAGACACAAGACUUGAUCUACGAGGUCGCUCCCGUCAUCACCCCCGAGCUUCUGGCUGAAGUCGGCGGCCUGCUGAACAACGCCAACAAGCUGCUCACUACCAAGUUCGUCGAGGAAACUCAACACCUGAUCGACAGCGUGGGGCCUGCCCUGACCCCCGCCCUAUUCACCAACGUUAGCUACGUCCUGGGCAAUGCUACCCAGCUGCUGACGCCCAAGUUCGUCAACGAGACAAGAGACCUGAUUGAUGGAGUCUCCCCUGUCAUAACACCCGACCUGCUCGCAGAAGUCGGCGGUCUCCUCAACAACGCCAACGAUCUUCUCACCAGGAAAUUCGUGAAUGAGACACAGGUCUUGAUCGAGGAUGCAUCUGAGUUGCUCCCCGUCUUGGUGAAGGUCUUGGGCACGUUGUAA